CUUUCUGGAUCCCAGUGAGAGGAACUUCUGGGUGGAAGAAGGUUUUCAGAGAAGGUUGUCUUCAGUCUGGCUACAGUAAUGGAGAGUAACUCUUACUUCAACAGUCAACAAGUUCUUUGCAAAGAUGUUGAGCUGGGGAAGGAGAAGGACAGAAAGGCCAGGUAUCGCACUUACCAGUGUGCCGCCAUCAUUCUGAGUGUGGUGUUCCUGAUUCUGGCCCUCUGCAUCUUCAGUCUCAGAUAUAUAUGGAGCCCAAACCUCGGGAAGGUGUAUGAUCAUCAAUAUAAAGCUGUGCUGGAUGGAAUAGAGACCGAGGGCAUGAUGGAAAUCCAUCCAUCUGAGCGCAUCGAGAUCUUCAGGAUGGGAAACGGCACUGACGAGGUCCUGGAGGUGCACGACUUCAAGAACGGCAUCAUGGGCAUCCGCUUUGCCAAGCACCAGAGAUGUUAUAUCAGAAGUCAAACCAAGGAGCUGCCCAAGUUGGACACAAAGACUGUUGAUGUUGAGGUAACUGAGACGGGUGAAGUGGAUAUGCAGAUGGUGGACUCUCAGAUAUGGAUUCCAGCCGAAGAGCCCAUCUCCAACAAAACAUUCCUGUCAAAUUCCAAGAUUGGGGAGAUUUGCCAAGACCUCCCCAUCCACUGGAUCCACCCAUCUCCUCUCAGAGAUUCUGAGUUUCACGAUAUAGAUGAUGUUGAAGAGACCCCAGAGCUGGAAGCAAGAGGUCCGCGUCAGGCCCGAGACGUCAUGGACCACUUACCAGUAAACGACUAUAGUGAAAUGGGGCUGGAGCUGGACAACAGCCUAGAUGAGCGAGGCUACUGCUGCCAGUACUGCCGCCGUGGGUACCGUUACUGUCGGCGAUACUACGAGCCCCUGGGUGGCUUUUGGCCAUAUCCCUACUAUUACCAGGGAGGACGGGUAAUCUGUCAGAUUGUCAUGCCCUGCAACUGGUGGAUAGCACGAAUGCUGGGACGAGUUUGAGGAUGCCGGAGGGAACCAGAGGUGCUAUGCUGCUCAGGGGUUUGCAUAGACAAGCUUUUACACUUGUACAAAAAGUCACAUAAACACUCAAGGAUUUUUUCAUCCUCUGUGUAAUAAAAACCAAAAUUAUGUUAAAAUAAUGCAAAACAUUGCUCGAUUUUCAAUUGAGCGAUUUUUUUUCAUAAUAUAUGUUACUUGUUAGAUGAGGGAAAUUAUAUAUCUCAGGUUCUAUGGGUUUGUAUGUUCCCCCCCACAUAAUCACCUAUUAGCAUUCAUUAGUUUAAUUUGUGGUACAACAAAUGAUUUCUUUUUUAAUAGUACAAAUAUACUGCACGUCAGGCUAUUUUCAACAGCGUUUGCUUGUAAUUAUUAUGCAUGCAGUUUUUAUGAGCAUAUUAAUUUUGAAACCACAUGGAAUAUUAGUCUCUCAAUUAGCAUGGUUGUAAAAACUGUUAUUAUAUAAUUAACUGUUUAAAACAAAGCUAGAUGGAGUCUAUCAUAUUAAAAUGGAAGUAAUCCAUGGCAACUACCCACAUAUACAUGGCUUAUACAUAGUUGAAGUCAGAAUUAUUAGCCCCCCUGAAUUAUUGGCCCCCCUGUUUAUUUUUUUCCCCAAUUUCUGUUUAACGGAGAGAUUUUUUCAACACAUCUCUAAACAUAAUAGUUUUAAUAACUCAUCUCUAAUAACUGAUUUAUUUUAUCUUUGGCAUGAUGACAGUAAAUAAUAUUAUACUAGAUAUUUUUCAAGACACUUCUAUACAGCUUAAAGUGACAUUUAAAGGCUUAACUAGGUUAAUUAGGUUAACUAGGCGGGAUAGGGUAAUUUAGCAAGUUAAGUUUAGCAAGUGUAUAAUGAUGGUUUGUUCUGUAGACUAUUGGAAAAAAUAGCUUAAAGGGGCUAAUAAUUUUGUCCCUAAAAUUGUGUUUAAAAAAUUAAAAACUGCUUUUAUUUUAGCCAAAAUGAAACCAGUAAGACUUUCUCCAGAAGAAAAAAUAUUAGCAGACAUACUGUGAAAAAUUCCUUGCUCUGUUAAUCAUAAUUUGGGAAAUAUUUAAAAAAA